AAAAUGUGUCACACUCAGCCCAGCCUUUUGAGCACUGGGGUCUUAUUGGAGACUCCUAGGGCAAGUCCUGCAUCUUCCUCAGAGCCUGUGGAUCCCCUGCUUCAGCAAGGCCAGUGGGGCCAGGAGUUUGGGGUGAAAAGGACAGUCUGUAUGCAUCUCUGCCUCAUUUUUACUCUACCUGGUGCUUGCCUUCUUCCUCAGACUUCCCCAUUCUGCUAUGGACUGAGUCUUCUCUCACUGCCUCCUCUCUCUCUCAUCUGUCAUUCUAUCCAUAUAUACAUGUGUUUCUUACUCCCCCAUCUCUUGUUUCCCUGCCCCCCCUCCACCCCUGCACCCCUUAUGCCACAUGGAGGACUUUGCUGACUCCUGUAUCCAUCUGACCCCUUCAGAGAAGCUUCUUAGGCUCCCUCUGGAGCUAAGCAUGGUGGCUUAUGCCCACAGUCUCAGCAUUUGGAAGGGUUGCCAUGACUUCCAGGCCAGCUUCAGCGGCACCAAAGCUCAUCUCAAAAAACCGGCCACCCAGCCAACCAAAAAAACAAGAAAACUCCACUCUGGAGUGUGUUCAGCUCUGCUCUGCAGUUCCUGUGUAGCCUGGAGGGCCUUGUGUGCUGGCCAGAACCACAGCAGCAACCCACAUCUCCUCCAUGGCAUGGAGCAAGAUGUCCUCCAAGCAAUUGACCGGGCCAUUGAGGCUGUGCACAACACAGCCAUGCGAGACGGUGGCAAGUACAGCCUGGAACAGCGUGGAGUCCUCCAGAAGCUGAUCCAUCACCGGAAAGAGACAUUGUCUCGACGGGGUCCCUCUGCCUCCAGUGCUUCAGUUAUGACCCCGUCUACCAGUGACCACCAUUUGGAUUCUGCUGUCUCUAGGCAACCUAAUGGGCUGUGUCGAACUGGGUUUGAACGGCAGCACAGCCUGCCCAGUUCUGAGCAUCUUGGGACAGAUGGAGCCCUCUACCAGGUACCACCACAGCCUCGCCGGGCAGCACCUGCCACCCCACCCCCACCAGUGAAACGCCGAGAUCGUGAGGCCCUGGUGAUCUCAGGGAGUGGUGGCCGCACCACAAUCCCCUCUGGGGGUAGCUCUGUGUCCAGUGGCUCAUCAGUCAGCAGCACCUCCAUGGACACACUCUGUACUGGCUCUGGCCCCUCUGACCUCGGUCCCAGCUCCUCACCCACACCCCCACCUGUGCCUCGCCGAGCUGCCCACACUGCUGUGUCCCAGGCCCAGCCCUCUCCCUCCAAGGCACCAUCUCCUGAGCCCCCUGCAGAGGAGGUGGCAGCUGAUACAAACUCAGCCUCCGAUGCCCUGGAAGCUCUGGAUGCACUGAGCCUGGAGACCACAGAGGAGAAGCCGGCCGCUGAGACAGUUGUGCCAAGGACCAUUGGGGCAGAGCUGAUGGAACUCGUGCGGAGAAACACCGGCCUGAGCCAUGAGUUGUGUCGUGUGGCCAUUGGAGUCGUGGUUGGUCACAUACAGGCCUCUGUGCCAUCCAGCUCACCUGUCAUGGAGCAGGUCCUCCUCUCCCUGGUAGAGGGCAAGGACCUGAGCACAGCCCUACCCUCAGGACAGGUCUGCCAUGACCAGCAGAGACUCGAGGUGAUCUUCGCAGACCUGGCUCGAAGAAAGGAUGAUGCCCAGCAGCGCAGCUGGGCGCUGUAUGAGGACGAGGAUGUCAUCCGCUGCUACCUGGAAGAACUGCUGCAUAUCCUGACUGACGCAGACCCUGGCGUUUGCAAAAAGAUGUGCAGAAGGGAUGAGUUUGAGUCUGUCCUGGCCCUGGUGGCCUAUUACCAAAUGGAACACCGAGCGUCACUGCGGCUGCUGCUCCUCAAGUGCUUCGGCGCCAUGUGCAGCCUGGAUGCGGCGAUCAUCUCUACGCUCGUGUCCUCUGUGCUGCCUGUUGAGCUGGCCCGAGACAUGCAGACCGACACACAGGACCACCAGAAGCUCUGUUACUCCGCCCUCAUCCUGGCCAUGGUCUUCUCCAUGGGAGAGGCAGUGCCCUAUGCACACUAUGAGCACCUGGGCACACCCUUUGCCCAGUUCCUGCUAAGCGUCGUUGAGGAUGGCCUCCCCUUGGACACCACAGAGCAGCUGCCGGACCUCUGCAUGAACCUGCUUCUGGCUCUCAACCUCCACCUGACAGCUCCUGACCAGAAUGUCAUCAUGGCUGCCUUGAGCAAACACACCAAUGUUAAGAUAUUUUCAGAGAAGCUGCUUUUGCUUCUGAACAGAGGAGACGAUCCUGUACGUAUCUUCAAACAUGAGCCACAGCCACCACACUCUGUCCUCAAGUUCCUGCAGGAUGUGUUUGGCAGCCCUGCCACAGCCUCCAUCUUCUACCACACAGACAUGAUGGCACUUAUUGACAUCACUGUGCGGCAAAUUGCGGACCUGUCACCUGGAGACAAGAGUAAAGACCAUGGGAAGCCUUUCACCUUGGGGAUGUUGGGGCAAGAAGAUGAGUUUGGUGCUGCGCAUGGAGUACCUCUCCCUGAUGCAUGCUGUGGUUCGCUCCACGUCCUACCUGCAGCACCGCCAUCGGCUGUCAGACCUGCAGGCCACACUGAGGCGCAUCCUGGCUGAGGAAGAGGCCUCGCCCCAGUGCCAGAUGGACCGCAUGAUUGUCCAAGAGAUGUACAAGGAAUUCCCAGAGCUGGGAGAGGUCCCCAGCUAGCACUUCUUUUUUCUCCCUUCUCUGCAGCCCUGGUCAGGGUGCAGGGAACUCAGGGGAUUCACUCUAAGAAUGUUUUGCACAGACAUUAUAAGAGGAUAAAGAAUUCGAAAGAAUCUGAGCCAGGCCCCUUACCUGAAGAAGAGUCAGUGUAAGGGGCCAAGUGCAGGAUUGGGGACCACAGUCUGGGAACUAUAUUGGGGUAGAGGAAAUGUGCAAGCUGAAGACCCUCUGUUUGCUGAUAGGCUGCCUCUUCAGCAUGCCACCCCCCAUACCCAUACGCAUACCCAGAGUCCUGCUGCUGCUCCAGGACUGCAGCAUCCCUACCCACUGCCUGGGCUGAGUCUUGGGCCUCAGCAAGCCAUGUCCUUAGGGUGAGGGGAGCUCCUCCCACCAGCUCUGUUCUUUGCCUUAGCUUUGCAGUGAGUGUUGCUCAUGUGCAACCCUUACCCCCUUAGGGACUGCUGUCCCCUGAACCCCUACUGUCAGCCCCAGAGGCCUUGGCCAGGCUGCUGCCUUGAAAGUGGGAUCUUUGAGACAGGCCAUCCAUCCGGAAGCCUCAUGCAACAGGAUGAUGUUGCUGAGAAAGCCAAUGACAGAAUCUAUUUUCUCUGGAAAAAAAAAAAAAAAAGACCGAAAGCCAUGUGUAUUUUCCUAUGUGCUACAGCUUUCCUGCAGAAAUAAAUUCUAGGCAUCGGGAA